AUGCAAAAAUUCACUCUUUUGACAUUCCUCGUCGCGGCACUCUCUGUGCAGGCUCGACACCAUGACGGAGCGGCAGCGGCUCAUGAGUUGCUAGACAGAGCCGAACACUACAAACAUACCGCCCACCGGCACAAUGGCCUGAUUCCGCGUCAAACAGGCCCACUGGAUCCCACCGUUACUCCCCCACCGUCUUUCAACUCAACGGGCCCAAGCACAUUUUCAACUCAUUUAUUCACCAAUACCACAACAACCCACCGCAAUACGACAUCAUCUAGAUCAUCCUCGACGUCCUCAAGUUCGAAGAGCUCAAGCAAGCGAUCUUCUAGCUCUAGCAAGUCUUCAAGCAGGAGUUCAACGUCAUCUAGUUCCAACACCGCCUCGUCCUCUAGCAGCAGUAGCUCCCGUGUGUCUUCGUCUUCCAGUUCCCAGGCCAGCAGCUCUCAGAGCUCCUUCACGCUUAGCUCCAGCAUUAGUUCUAGCUUCAGUUCUAGCGCACCUACGUCCUCAACACUCACUUCUGGUACAUCUUUAUCUAGCACCGCGGUUUCCACUUCCUCGGGAACUACUUCUGCAGUAACAUCUUCCGAUUCGAUAUCUAGCACAGGUUCAAGGCCGAUUGAAUCGAGUGCCAGGAGUACUUGGAGCAGAAGAGAAUCUACACACACAUCUGUCUCGUCCGAAACCUUCUCCUUGACCGUAUCUUCCGGCGUCUCAUGGUCUACGAGCUACACAACAGCUACUUAUACAACUGUGGAUGCUAAUGGAAAUCCGUAUGUCCCUGUGGCUCCGAUUGCUAUUCCUGUAGUUGGUGGUGUGCCCGUUGUUCCUCCUGUUGGUGGCGGUGGUGGAGGUGGAGGUGGAGCAGGAGCGGAGUCAACCACCACGACAAUGAGCUCUAGUCCGCCAACGCCAACUAGCUUGAGACCAGCAAGCACCUUCUCUAGUUCGGUUGAUCCAAUCACAUCAGCGGUGGAGUCAUCUUCAGGGUCAUCUAUCGUGGAAGUUGUGACGGCAACGUCUCCUGAGACCACAAUUGAGGUUUCUGAGACUGCCACGUCUGCCGCGCCAGCUUCAACUAGUGCUGCGCCAUCUCCGGUUCCGUGCUAUAACUACGAAUGGAAAUCAUACGGUUGGUGCUGCCCAGGCCCAGACUCUCCUUGCCAAAAUGACCUGGGCACCUGUUACUUUGAUGGCUCAGGGGCUACUGAUGUGUUGCCAAACACAGCUGCUUGUCCGCCUGGAGAGGGGGCAAGAAGUUGAAUGGGUCAGACCAAGUGAGGCAUGUUUACAAUGAUGUACGUGGAGAAAGCGGAGUUGGAUUAUGCUUGGGCUGCAGUAAGAUUGCCAGGGUCAAUUUUGGAUACAUGUGAGGAUUUAGUGUUGGUCUCUCCAUUCAACGUUACGAUUUUUUACACAAUGAGAUGCUCCUGGACUUCUGACUUAAUUAUCUCGGGCCUACCCAGUGAGGAGCUGAAAACCCGCCUUAUUUAGUGAAAGAUUAUGAUAGGUUAGUAGACUGUGGG